AUGUUUCAGCCGAAAGCCACUCCAACGCAGUAUUACACGUGUCCUUCAAGACAACUGCAGCCGAUACGGUGUGCAGCAACAGCCACAACCAGCAGCAAGCUUGUGUUCACAAAAGUCGCUAAGGAAUCAGCAAACACAAAAGGGACAUCUGUUGCUGCCAUUUCUCGAUUUGGUUCUGGGCGUCUUGCUGGCGCAUUUUGCUUGGCCCUCCUUAGUACAAUGGCAGCUGAGGUCGCCGGGGAGAACUUCGACUACGUACAGAAGAAUAUCCAAGAGGUGCAGGCCAGAAUUGCAGCAAGCGCUGCCUCGGCCACUUCUGCCACAGACACAGAUGCUGGAAGCGCUCCAGCGGAGCCACCGACACUCCCGCUGCUAGUUGCCGUCAGCAAAACCUACCCACCAGCAGCGGUCAGCGCAGCAGCACUAGCAGGACAGCAACAUUUUGGGGAGAAUUAUGUAAAGGAGUUGAUCACCAAGGCCGCACAGGUGUCAACCAGAGUUCAUUGGCACCUCAUUGGUUCCCUGCAGACCAACAAGGUGCGGCAGCUACUUCAUGAAGUUCCUUCUCUCUACUCGGUUGACUCCGUCGAUAACCCUAGGCUGGCAAGCGUCCUGCAGCAAGAGGCCGCACCGAUCAAUAAAAAGCUCAGAGUAUUAGUCCAAGUAAACGCUGGUCUAGAACCCCAAAAGAGCGGUGUAACAGGACCCACUUGGCCCGACGCAGAGAUGGGUGCUCUCGCCCUUGCCACUUUCAUCGUUCAGGAAUGCCCGAACCUCCUUUUCAAAGGCUUUAUGACAGUCGCCCCCGUUGAUGAAGAGUCGGCUGUGGAGGCUUUUACCAGGAUGAAGCAGCUGAAAGCCAAAGCGACAGAAAACGAUAUAAUCAAGAACGCACUGGAAAGUAGGGCGAGAUGCUGGCGUAUGAGACCGAUGUCAGCAACUACCUGCAAGGGCGAGUCUCUGCAACUGAGCAUGGGAAUGUCGAGCGACAUGCACCUCGCAAUCCCUAGAGGCAGCACACAAGUUCGCGUGGGCACCGCGAUCUUCGGGCCGCGAAGAAGCAUCGUUCAUUAG